UUUUUUUCUUUUCCCUUGGGUGAUGAAGAAUUACCGCCGCAAACAUAGAUUCACGCAAGCGUAAAAGGUUUCUACAGACCACAAUGAAGGAGAUGGUCGGAGGAUGUUGCGUUUGUUCUGAUGAGCGUGGAUGGCCCGAAAAUCCACUUGUAUAUUGUGAUGGACAAAAUUGUACUGUGGCUGUGCAUCAGGCUUGCUAUGGUAUUGUCACUGUGCCCACGGGGCCAUGGUUUUGUCGUAAAUGUGAAAGUCAAGAGCGUUCGACGCGGGUGCGUUGUGAGUUGUGUCCGUCGCGGGAUGGUGCCCUCAAGAAAACCGAUAAUCAAGGCUGGGCCCAUGUGGUGUGUGCCCUCUAUAUACCGGAGGUGCGAUUUGGUAAUGUUACCACAAUGGAACCGAUCAUAUUGCAGUUGAUACCUCAGGAGAGGUAUGGCAAAAACUGCUACAUCUGCCAGGAAAUGGGUAAACCACAUCGCGCCACCGUUGGCGCCUGUAUGCAGUGCAAUAAAUCCAAUUGUAAACAACAAUUCCAUGUGACAUGUGCCCAAAGUUUGGGUCUGUUGUGUGAGGAGGCCGGCAACUACUUGGACAAUGUGAAAUACUGUGGCUACUGCCAGCAUCAUUAUAGUAAAUUGAAAAAGGGUGGCAAUGUCAAGACCAUACCACCCUAUAAACCCAUUAGCCAUGACACCUCCUCCGAUUCGGGGUCAUCACCGGAAAAGGAGAUUGAUUCGACCAUGAGUGCAACGGCUUCAUCCACAUCGGCCACCAGCAUUAAGAUAACAACAAAUAUGUCCACAUCGUCAUCAUCCUCGUCGUCGAAACAAAGGAAAUCUUCGAAUGCUACCAAACAGUCAUCGUCGUCGUCAUCGUCCUCAGCCGCGGCCUCUUCAUCAGCAGCAGGAGCUGCUUCAUCGUCCGCAUCAUCAUCAUCUGGUCCAAAUAAUCUUUCUAGUUCUUCGGGUCAUAAUCUAGGCAAUUCAUCAUCGGGAGGAGGUUAGACUUCUUCUUCUUCCCUUUCAGGUUAUGGCAUUAGCGGUUCCAAUAACUCUCUGGCAAUCGGUGCUGGCACCAAUUCCUCAUCAUCUAAUGCAAAAUCAUCCUCCUCCUCGUCAUCGGGGGGUACCUCCUCUUCAUCGAGUAGUUACAAGGACAAGGAUGGAAGCAGCAGCAAGCAUAGUAAAAAUCCCAAUAAACUAUCCAGUUCAAGUAAAGACAAGGAAAAGGAAAGUUAUUCCUCAUCAUCGUCAUUUUCAUCAUCGCGGGAUUCCCGUGAAAAAUCAUCAAAAUCCUCAAAAAGUAAAGAUUCAUCCAAUUUGAAUACAACGGCAGGGGGAGGAACGGCGGGAGCUUCAAAUGCCUCCAACAAUAAUGCAUUCUCCUCUGCGGAUUCCCAUCAUUCUCAUCAUCAAACGGGGGUACAAAAUCUAUCAACCUCCAAUAAUUCAGCAACAGGGAGUGGAAGUGGUGGCAAUAUGACGUUUGGUGGUGUUUCCUCGGCAGCCAGUAAUUUACAUGGCAAUCUUAACAACUCCGCCUCCUCCUCUGCUUCAACGGCUGGUGUUAACUCCUCAAAGGAAUCCAAUAAAAAUCCAUUUUCCUCAUCGUCAUCGUCGACUGGUGCCACAAAUCAAUCCAAUUCCAAUUUCCUCAAUGAACAUCAUUCGGAUGCCACCAAUUUAACACCAAUACCCAUGGAUAUUAUACCACCCAGCAAUAGUAGUAGCAGUGCCACAGGUGGCAACAACAUGCCCACAAAUCUUUCGUCCACCUCCACUUCGUCAUCGUUCAAUAAACAUUCAAAUAAUUCCAUGCCCUCCAUUAGCGGCAAUGGUUCAAAUCCCAAUCUCCAUGGCAGUUCAUCGUCUCAGCCCUCCUCAUUUACAUCGAAGAAACGUAAAAGUGAUUCUUCGAAAUCCAGUAAUUUCUCGUCCGAUGAUGUUAAUAACUCCUUCCGUGAUAUUAUUAAAGAUGUAACUGUGACCCUAACACCAUUAACCGAUUUUGAAAAGGAAAUUGAAAAGAGCUCCAAGAAGCAAAAAACCGAAUUAAGUCCACCUGCACAUCAAUCGAUAACCAGCAGUAGCGGUAAUGAGACACAAAGUAAUCGGGAUGUUGGGUCUUCAUUAUCAAGCUCAACGACAACAUCGUCGGGACAUCAUAAAUCGAAUGAAGCCAAAGUCAAUGCAUCAACAACCGGCGUCGGAUCAUCGAGUACAGGAGGAGGAUCGGGAACAUCAACGCAUAAAAAUUCCAGUUCAUCAGCGGCGUCUGCCGCAGCUAAAGAACGUGAGGAACGUUAUGCUGCAGCCCAGGCAGCAUUGGCUGCAGCGAAUGGUGGAAGUAUGACGUCAACGUCAGCCGCCACAAAUUCCCCCUCAUCAGGAACGGCGGGUGCGCCAAGUUUAUAUGUAUCCGUGCCACUGUCCAAUGCAAAUGUACCUGGAAUAAAUAUACCAACAACAACAGCAGCGGCUAACACAAGCGGAAGUCAGGAACAACAUAUAACUGGACAAACAACAACAAGGUCAUCUAGUCAACAACAAUUAGCAGCAGCAGCGGCGGCGGCUGCAGCAUCGUCCACAACCUCACCACUAGAUCGUCAAUCGCCGUUUAAUAAUUCUGCCACCUCAACAACAUCUUCGAUACCAUCACCGGUAAAUCAACAACAUAGCAGUGUCAUCUACCAGCAGCAACAACAACAACAAAGUGGCAAAUCUCCCAACUCAUCGUCGGCAUCGACAACUGGUAUUAAUCUGACUGCCUCCACCACAGAGACGGGUAAUUUAAAAAUUAGCUAUGAAAAACAAUCCUCAUCGUCGUCUUCGUCACGUGUUAGCCAAAUACAGGAUCAGGAAACGGCACCAAUGAGACGUAGCAGAUCACGCUCAGGUGAAAGUAGUAUGUUGCAAGCACAACAACAACAGCAGCAACAACAUCAACAACACCACCAUCACCAUCACCAACAGCAGCAGCAACAACAACAGCAACAUAAUUCAUCACAAAAAACUAAUUCACGUUCGGCCAAAAAACGUGCGGCCUCGGCAAAAUCCGGGUUCGCUUCAUCUUCGACAAGCGCUUCUUCUUCGGGAUCGGGCAAUAAUAAUGAGCAGCCGCCACAAGAAAAAUUGGCCAAAACAUCCAACUCGUCGUCGUCGUCUUCUUCUUCAUCGGCUUUGGAUAAGAUGGCUACGGGUUCACCGCACUAUCAUGCCGAUUUAACAACACCCACUCCACCACCAACAGCACCAUCACCACUAUCAUUACCACCGCCCAGUAGUACACCAACACCUUCCACCCGUACACCAACGCCCACUUCAACACCUUCGGCCACGCCCUCACCAUCACCGAUUGUAAUGUUACAGCCGGUAGAUCAACAUAGCAAUUCCUCAGCCACCUCCUCCUCUGCAUCCUCAUCAUCAUCGGCGGCAUCUAUGCGUAAUACAACAUCGUCACCUAAUGGUGGGGGAGGAGGAGGUGUUGCGGGUGGUGGUAGUGGUAUCUCCACCAGAUCAUCACCAUUACCAUCCUCCCUGAGUAAUAUGACCACGUCGACGAACAUUCAACAACAAUCAACAGCAACCAAUCUAACAAAAAAUAGCAACAACCAGAGUAGUAGUAAUAAUAGCAACAACAACAACACCAACAGCAAUAAUAAUCAAAGUGGUGUUGACACCGCCAUCACAACUUCUCUAUCCUCCUCGUCAUCUAAACAUAAUAGUAGUAGUGGUAGUAGUAAUUCUUCUGCCGUCACCACCGGCCCAAAUAGUAGUCUUAUAAGUAGCAGUAUUUCUAGCAGUACCAACAACAACAGCAGCACAACCAGUAGUGGUAGUAGUAGUAAUAAUUUAACGGAUGUUGUUGACAAUACCAACACCAAUAAUAAUUCGUCAGCUGUAGGCGGAGGAGGUGGUGGUGGUUCUAUGGUGGCGGCCAACAAACCCUUAAAUAAGAAAAUGUUAAGGGCCCAUCAGUCACAUCUGCAACAGCAGCAGGAGCAGCAACAGCGACAACAGCCGUCUUCUUCUUCCUCUUCUAGUACAAAUAUUAAUUCUUCUUCUGCUUCUGCAACAAAUUCCGCUUCUUCCUCUAAUUCCUUAAUAACAUCCAACUCCUCGGCCACAGCUACUAACAAUUCCGCUACUAAUUUAAGCUCAACCUUCUCCUCUUCAUCUAAUAACACUGCAACUGCUGGUACUAAUAAUAAUAAUAACAACAACAACAGUAAACUCACAAAUAAAUUACAUCAUCAACAACAACAACAAAGCCAACAGCAGCAGCAUGUUGUUGUUGGUGGCAACAAACAAACAAAUUUGAAAACCACCACUGCUGCCGAUAAUGAUGUUAUUGAAAUUUUGCCAUUAACCACAAAUUCUUCUUCUUCAAAUUCUCUUUUAUCUUCCCACAACAACAACAACACCACCACCAACAAUGUCAACAUCCCAACUUCCCCAAAUACUAACAACAACAACAAUAACGCCGCCAAUGCGACAACAACAUCUGCGUCAUCAACAACAUCAUCAAAUUCGCCAUCAUCUACAACCACGAACUCGAACACCAACAACAACAACAGAACUCCCGACAGCGGUGUCUUCUCAUCCUCCUCAUUUAAUGUUAGCAAUGCCAGUACCACCAGCUCCUGUUCAUCAUCCUCCAUGAAUAUGGGUGGUGGUGGAGGUCUCAAAUUUUCCUAUGAACCCCAAUCUGGCUCAACAACAACGGGCUCAUCAGGAUUACUACCACCCACCAUUGAUACUACAAUGGCCACUGUUAAAGAUUCACCACCCAGUUCUCCGGGCUCAGAGGCUGGAAGUAGUACGGCAACAACAACGGCGACGGCGGCUGCCACAACACGUAAACGUGGUCGACGAGCCAAAGAGGCAACAAACAUAGCCGCAGCAGCAGCGUCAACGACAACAUCCAACACUCCCCCAGCAAAUGAUCUCAAAGACAUUAAAGUAUUUCAAAAUGGUCUACCAGCAACAGCAGGAGGACCAUUGGCACCACCACAAUCCACCACCACCCCACAACAGCAACCAACAACAUCUGCUGCAGCAGCAGCGGCGGCGGCCGCAGCAGCAUCCUCAGUUACUGUUACCACCGCACCCCACAUGUUGGGUAAUCAAUUGAAUCCGAACAGUGGUAUGGCUCAAAAACUUUCCGAUCAACUGAGUAUGGAGAUACAGGAUCAUAAUGCCUAUACGGGUCCAGAAGCAGUAAUGCCACAAUUUGUUGGUGUACCAUUCCCAGGAAAAUUGCGCAAUACCUCAACACCCAGUUUAGCUGCACCUGCGCCACCCUCUGCCACCACUUCGGUUAGUGCUGGUCCCAGUCCAUUGGCCUCAAUGUUUGGCAGUGGUGCCAAUGGCAGUUUGGCCAUACCCCAAAGUCUGGAACAAUUAUUGGAAAGGCAAUGGGAACAAGGAUCACAAUUUUUAAUGGAACAAGCCCAGCAUUUUGAUAUUGCCUCCCUAUUGUCCUGUCUACAUCAAUUGCAAACGGAAAACGUACGCCUGGAGGAACAUGUUUCCAGUUUAAUAGCACGUCGCGAUCAUUUGUUGGCUGUCAAUGCCCGCUUGGCCAUACCCCUAAAUGCUACCACCAAUACAACACAGACACAAGGUAAUAAUGGUGCUGCAACAGCGGCUCAACAGGGCAAUAAUAACAGUGGUUCCGCAGCAGCAGCAACAACAACAGGUCAUCAUUCGACAUCCUCGUCGAAUACAAGUGUUACAUCAACAGCUUCUUCACUGGCCACAGCAGCAUCAUUGGCCACUGCCGCAACGACAUCAAUAUCGUCGGGCACAACAUCCUCAAGUACAUCAAGGCAGCCGCCAACCUCAGGGCCACAACCACCAGCAGCAGCACCACCUACAUCGGGAGGUCCGACAUCAAUGGAAAGAAAUAGAUCAAAUACGAACAACAACCUAGAAAAUGGUUUAGAUUUUCGUCAAAGCUCAAAUGUUGGCGCAACCAACAAUCCAAUGGCAAUAGUCUCGGCUGGCCAUGGCAGUGGAAUUGGACAUCAUCCAACUGCAGCGCCAGGAGCAGUAGUAGCACCACCACCAAAUAAUAGCAGCAGCAAUAAUAAUUCCAACAAUGCCCAAAUGCUUAAUAAUAUGCCACUGGGUAAUGCUAGCUCAUCAACGAUGAUGGCCCAGCAGCAGCAACAACAACAACAUCAUCAACAACAUUUGCAUAUGCAAACGCAACAACAGCAGCAGCACCAGGCGCAGCAACAACAGCAUCUGUCACACCAACAGCAUCAUACCACCGCCACCACUGCCUCCACAGCAGCAGCAACCACAACCCAACAGCAUCAUACGCACCUAUCGUCCCAUACAACCUCAUCGUCAUCUUCAUCAAAUAAUACCUCCUCUUCCUCCAACGCACUGUCGUCCUCGGUUCAGCAGCCGCAACAAACGCUGCCACAUCCCAUGUCGUCAACAUCUUCGCGCCUUGGAGGUAAUUUAUCCACAAAUACUAAUUGUCUAAAUCCACCAACUAAUAUUAGUGGCAAUCGCAUGGGCGUAGGCGGCGUCGGCGGUUACCACCAUCCAUUAACGACCAACAACAAUUCCGCCACCACCACCAAUGCCAUCAUCAAUUCGUCUGCUUCUUCUAAUAUUUCUUCUACUUCGUCCUCUUUAAUUAUGAAUGAUGGUGAUGGUCAUAUAAAAACUUCUGCUGCUGGUGUUAGUAGUGCUGGUGGUUCAAUACAACUCCAAGGUGGUGGUGGUGGCGGUGUUCUUAGUUUGACCAAGUCUUCUCAAAGCCACAACCAACACCAUCACCACCAACAUCAUCAUACUGGUCAUCAUGGUGCUGGUAGCAUUGGUGCAAAUUUUAAUACUUCCUCCUACUCGAAGGAAUUGAAAACAAAUGAAAUUAUUAAUUUAUCAUCCGAUGAUGACGACAAGGAUGAAGGAGGAGCAGCAGGAGAAGUUGGGGACAACAAUAAUCAAAUUUCCUCCACUUCCGAUCAAAAGAAAAUAUCCACGAAUAUUGAAAAGAAAUCUCAAAAUUCCGUUGUCAUAAAUGAUAGCGACAGUGAUUCGUCGUCAACACCCACAACCACCACUUCCUCAUCAAGGCAUUCGGAAAAUUAUGAAGCCGAAGAUGAAAAUGACGCUGCCAUGAAAAUCAAAAAACAACAAAAUGAAUUGGAAUCGCAAACGAAAAAACAAUUGAAGCAGGUCCAACGAUUUUUAAAAAGUUUCGAUGCCAAUCAACAGACGCCAUUGAAUGCAGACGACGAUGAUGAUGAUGACGACGAGGAGGAGGAAGCUGAUAAUGGCCAUACAUUGGAAAUGGAACAACCAUCCUCUUCAUCAUCAGCAGUGGCCAGCUUACAUCGUUUGGCAAUGGAAAAAUCCGGUAACUCUUUGGCGGAGUUGCGUAGUUUCCGUCAUAUACCAGCAACAACAUCAUCAGAGGUUGUACCAACAACAUCAGCUGCAAAUAAGACCCAUCAAGAAGAGCUAACCGCAAUAACAACCGAAUUAAAUAUAAACAACAACAAUAAUAACAAUAAUAACGAUGAAUCUAUAAAUAAGAUGAGAACAGAUUUUUCAAUAGAUUCGUUAUUAAAUAAUUAA